AUGCCUAAGAACAAGGGAAAGGGAGGAAAGAACCGACGUAGAGGAAAGAACGAGAACGACAACGAGAAGCGUGAGCUCAUCUUCAAGGAGGAUGGUCAGGAGUACGCCCAGGUCACCAAGAUGCUUGGUAACGGAAGACUCGAGACUCUGUGCUUUGAUGGCACCAAGAGACUGGGUCACAUUCGUGGCAAGCUGAGGAAGAAGGUCUGGAUCAACCAGGGAGAUAUUAUCCUGCUGUCGCUUCGUGACUACCAAGACGAGAAGGGUGAUGUCAUCAUGAAGUACACCGCCGACGAGGCCCGUUCGCUCAAGGCCUACGGCGAGCUGCCCGAGUCCGCCAAGAUCAACGAGACUGACACUUACGGCCCUAACGAGGAUGGCGAGUGCAACUUCGAGUUCGACGAGGACCGCUCCGACUCGGAGGAGGAGGGUGCCGGUGGCAAGGAGAUCGAGAUCGACGACAUCUAA